AUGCAAGGCUCUUUUUAGGAGAAGGAAGCUAUAGCUGACAUCUUUGAUUAAGUAAAAGAUGUGGAUAUACAAAUCUUUGGGGUUCUAUUAGAAAUAUUUCGAAAGGAAAAAGUUUAAGACUGCAUCGGAUAUAUAUCAGACAUAGGGAAUCAGAGAUAAUUAAAAUUAUAAAUUUUAUAAUAAGUAGGGAAUAUCACCCAAGCUGAUACAGAAUAAAAAUUGUCUCUUGUAAGAGAAGACAUGAAAUAAAUGACAGAUGUCUUAAAAAAAUUAAAAGAUCAUGACUUCAACAACAAACACUUUCCUCUGAAGAAAAUGAAGAAUCUAAAUUAUUUCUAAAUAAUAACAUCAAGGAUAAUAAAUAGAUCAUAGAAUUUCUGA